GACGGGGGCCUGGUGGAGCUCAGAGAGGGAGGAGCGUUCAGAGAGGAUCAGCGCGGUGUCACCUUUGAGUGUGUGUGUCUGUGUGAGUGUGUUUGUGCGUGAGUGCGCGUCGGGGCAGGUUAAGUAGCCUGGUUACACACACAUAAUACCUCCGCGCACUGUUACGAAACCUGGAGGCGCCGGAGCUGUGACCGGGGGAGCGACUGCGUUCUCGUGUUUAUUUUCAUCCCGCAGCGCAGAUCCUGAGUCUGUUCGUGUUUUUUUUUUUUUUUUAUUAAAAACCUGGUCGCUGCUGAUCCACGGCCGCUCCGUGUGUGUGUGUGUGUUGUGUGUGUGUGUGUGUGUGUGUGUGUGUGCGCGCGCUCCGCUCCGUCCGAAACCAGCCGGAGGAUCCGUCCCACGGACGAGAAUGAGGUCCUCGGCUGCGACCCGUCCCUGUUAAAAGAUGGUUCAGCGAAGGUCCUCUGUCAUUAUGCUCCCUCCCGUGGUUAUAGUUGCACCCAGCAAGCGGUCAGGAAUGUCCUCCUUCUCCUGCCUAUGACAUGGUCUAAUCCACGUAUGAUCCGGUCACCAUGAUGGCCUCCAUGGUUGCCAGCGGAAACCGAGAUGGGCAGCCUCUGGUUCCGAAAGGGGUGGAUCCAGAGACGUGCAUGAUUGUGUUCAAGAACCACUGGGCUCAGGUGGUGAAGAUCCUAGAAAAACAUGAUCCCCUUCGCAGCGGCUCCACCCUGACCUCCAUGAACGUCAUCAACCUCACCACCGGCUCCAGCGGCAGCCCCCGUUUCGGCCCCAUCCCCGGAGACGAGGCGAACGCGGUGCAGAAUUAUGUGGAGCACAUGCUGUUCCUCCUGAUGGAGGAGGAGAGCGGUCAGGCUGGAGCCAUGGGCCCCAUCCUGGAGUUCGUGGUGAUGGAGAACGUGAUGGAGCGCCUGUUCGUAUGGAGCCUCCGCAGGGAGUUCACGGACGACAUGAAGCUGGAGCAGCUGAAGAUGUACGAGAUGCUGGUGGGCCAGGCGCGGCAGCCGCUGCUGCACCACAAGCCCAUCCUGCGGCCGCUCAUGAUGCUGCUGUCGUCCUGCUCGGGCACAGCGGCGCCGCAGGUGGAGGCUGAGCUGGUGCUGCUGCUCAACCAGCUGUGCUGCGUGCUGGCGAAGGACCCUUCGAUUCUGGAGCUGUUCUUCCACACCAGCGAGGACCAGGGAGCCACCAACUUCCUCAUCUUCUCCCUGCUCAUCCCCUUCAUCCACAGAGAGGGCACAGUGGGCCAGCAGGCCAGAGACGCACUGCUGCUCAUCAUGUCGCUGUCGGCAGAGAACGAGCGAGUGGCCAGACACGUGGCAGAGAAUACCUACUUCUGUCCGGUGCUGGCCACAGGGCUGAGCGGCCUGUACUCCUCUCUGCCCACCAAGCUGGAGGUUCCCAACGAGGAGUGGCACUGCCUUCACAAAGAGGACUGGCUCAAGAUGCCGUCCCUCGUCCAGUUUCUCAACUCGCUGGAGUUCUGCAACGCCGUCAUUCAGGUGGCUCAUCCUGAUAUCAGGGACCAGCUGGUUGGUUACAUCUACAAUGGAUUCCUCGUGCCUGUCCUUGCGCCGGCUCUCCACAAGCUGACACUGGAGGAGGUGAUGACCACCACGGCGUACCUCGACCUCUUCCUGAGGAGCGUAACCGAGCCGGCUCUGCUGCAGACUUUCCUCUCCUUCAUCCUCCUUCACCGUCACGAGAGCGUCCACAUUCUAGACACCCUCGUCAGCCGCAUCAACACCCCUUUCCAGUUGGGCACCGUGUCACUGGCGCUCUUCCGGACCCUCAUCGGCUUAUACUGCGAGGAUGUGAUGCUGCAGCUCGUGUUGAGGUACCUGAUCCCCUGUAAUCACAUGAUGUUGAGUCAGAGACGCGUGGUGAGGGAGAGGGACUGCUACUCUGUGUCAGCCGCCAAGAUCCUGGCAUUAACGCCGUCCUGCUGCUCUCCGGAUCGCAGCCCCCCACCCCUCCGACAGCUGGACUCCAUCCUCUUUUCCAAGGGUGCGGAGACUCCCAACAGCACCAGAGCCACAGAGGAGAACGAGAGCUUCCUAGAAGAGGAUGACGGCUCUGGUAACUCCUGCACCAUCGGCUCAGAAAUCUACCUGGAUGUCAGCUAUCUUCAUUACCUCUACGACGCCCGCCUGAGCAUCAGCAGCUGCAUACGGGCCUGCCGGGUGUGGUCGGCCCUCUACGACAGCGAGGACCCGCCUCCUGAGAAAUACCAGCCCGGCGUCCUGGAGGAGUCAGCACUGACGAGAACCCAGAUGGUUCUCAAGAGAGUCCCUAAACCAGUGGUGCCUCGCCCGCAACACCGCCCGCCGCCGACUGCAGAGCUUCCCUCUGUCAACCAGCUGGAGCUGGAGUGGGAUGAUAGUUACGAUGCGUGCCCAGUGCAGACAGCCGAGGCUCCUGUGGAGAGUAAACCUCCGCAGCAGCCUCCUGCCGAGCCCCCAAAGCACAUCCAGGAGAUGAGGAAGACAGCCAUUAUGUUGGUCAAAGGCACAUAUAUUGAGGAAAAUGAGUUCCAGGACGACGUCAUGGUCUACGAUCUUGUGGCCAAGAAAGACGCCAGAGAUAGCGAGCGUGGAAGGCUCAAAUCAAGGGGGUCUGAAUCGGAAUCAACCCAACAGGGCUCUGCAGAACUUCCCCUCAAAAACGGACUCAGUCUAACACUCCCACCUUCUCUGAUGGCUGAUAACAGCAUGAAGCCCUUGGAGCCCAAGGCCACAGGUCAGACAGAUUGUAAUUCCAACCUCCAAAACAACAACACCGCUGCCGCUGAGCUGGGCGACGACCUUUUGGCCCAGUACGAGGAGCUCAUUCGCACGUUGGACAGUGAAGCGGGCGGAAAACAGGUCAAAAGUGACACAGAGGUGAAGAAGCCUGUCGCACCUGUGGCAGAGAUGGAGGAGGUGGAGGAGGAGGAGAUGGAUUUCACCUCCUUCUCUGCCGAGACACCGGAGCCGGAGAAAGUGCAAUCACCGUUUGGGCCUAAGUUCUGCAGCGGGAGUGUUGGUAGAAGCCACUCAGUGCCUUUCACUGGUCCGUUCGUCAGUGUGCUGCUGUCCCGUAUGGAGAACAUGCUGUCCAACUCGCUCCACGUCAACCUGCUGUUGACGGGCAUCCUGGCCCAGCUGGCGGCCUACCCUCAGCCUCUCCUGCGCUCCUUCCUCCUCAACACCAACUUGGUGUUUCAGCCGACGGUUCGCUCCCUUUACCAGGUACUCGCCACAGUGAAGCACCAGAUAGAAGAGCUGGCCGCCAGCAGGAAAGACUUCCCCGAGCUGAUCACUGCCGCCCAACACUGGCUGCUGGCCAGGGAGACGUCCUUCAUGACAGCAGACAAAAGUGGCGGCGGGGGCAGACACUCCUCCCACGGUGAGGCGGGAAGGAUCCUGAAGAACUCGCCGCCACCGAAACCCAAAGCCAUCUCUCUGGAUCGGACAGACGUCUUCGCUACCGUCCUCUUCACGGAGUUCCUCAAAGAGCUGGCCGCUAUUGCACAGGAGCACUCCAUCUUAUCGUACAUUCCUAUGGAAGAGUGAUCGCGUCCCCGACAGGCCUCAGCUGAACUCUGAAAGAUUUUAAAAGACUCUCUUUUUAUGAUGGUUUUCUAGUUUGUUUGUUUUUCCUGUCGUUUUCAGGCACAAAACCUCUUUUAGAUCAAGUGAUUUAUACAACUGUUUUUAAAGAAAUAAGUGUAUUUAUUUUCCAAGCAAAGAUAAUCAAGUCCAUGUGCUUGUCAAUCUCAACUUUGUAGUUGGUUUUUUUCCUUGCCAAACUUUUCGGCUAGACCUGUUUGAUGAAGCCCGCACCAGCCGAUUAAUGCUCCAGGUCCACCAACCAAAGACUGUAAAGAGAUGAUUUUAAAAAACAAAAAACAGCUUUUUAUUGAAAGCAAUCAGCCCUUUUUUCUGGCCUCCAGGGUCCUCCGCCCUCUUUUCUGAAUGUCUUCUACAGCCACAGCAUGAUGUCCGCUGCUCACUGUGGCUCUGUUGGAUAACUCAGGUGGCCUUUUCUGGAGAGUCGUUUGCCUCUUUGUCAGCAGGACCGAGCACCACGCGGCGCAGCGACCGCUUCGGGAGCGCUUCAAUCACAAAAAUGUCACUUGAAGAAGAAGAAGAAGAAGAGGAAGGAGAAGGGCCGGCAUCAUCGAACACAUCUGGACUCCUCCAGUCUUAUGCAACUGUUACAUGACUGCAAUUUUCAGACAGUCACUUUUUUUUUUUUGUCUUGAACUUUACAAAGUGGGCUUUGUGUGUUAUUUAGACAUACAUUUGUGUUUGGGGCGUUUUUUUUUUUCUGUUUAAUUCAUGACGGUACCUCAGGAGAUUUUUUUUCUAACGCACGGUCUGUCCUCUCUGCUCUUAAACAAUCUUCGGGUGAAGCAGCGUUUUCCUCUUAAUGCACUAGUUUCUCACACUAAUGGGCUCCACAUAUUUUUUGGUUAUUUUUCCCUACAUCACAGCACCGAAAUCAGAAUUAUUCACGCUAUAUUUAAUUUGCCUUACUUUAGUGACGCUAGACAGUGUACAUAUUGUAAGAAAAAAAAGUUGUAAUGACGUAGAGACACUAUGCAAAUCGAGGAUGUUUUUUGGGUAUAAUUAAGUUUGGGAUAUUUUCAGACUGGGAUGGGGUAUUUAAGCUUUUAUGAGAGUUUCUAUUGCCAUAUGUUUCCCUCUCUUUCAAAGAGGUUAUAUUGUGGCUAGUUGUUAUGAUUUGUCAUCGUGUUCUAUUUAGGGAUUGUGUAGGGUGUUUAAAGUUGUGUUUAAAAGCCUGAAAUCUCACUUUUUGGCAAACUGCUGGAAACCGCCUUUUUAUUUCAGAGCAGGUUUUGCACACAGUUGUUAAAAAUGAGGUAACGCGAGAGAAAUAUUUUGUUAUGAAGCAGAAAUACUUCUAAACUGGUGCCUGUAUAAUGAUUUUGGAACACAUUAUUGCCUGAUUUCAAAUGGAUUUACUCAGAAGUCCACAGUACAAGUUAGGGCUGCAGAAUUAAUUUUAAACAUUUAAAGAAUGGUGUUAUGAUAAAUGCAUUAUCUAACUUUUUUUUAAUAUAAUAAAGGUAAAAGCAUAUAGUUGAUUCGAAACUGAUUAUUCCCACUAAUUUUGAAUCAGAUCAAAAUUGCAUAAGCUUUCAAAAUAAUCACGAUAUGAUAAUUUUUUUUUUUUUGCUACGUUGUGCAGCCCUAGAAUAAACUUAAAAUGAAGCCAUAAGAAAAUUGUUAAGUUGAAGCCGUCCCAUAUUUUCUGUUUCAUAUGAAUUGCUCUCAAGUGUCUCUGUUGACUUGAUGGGGAUUCUGUUGAUGUUCUGUGGUCAAGAUGUGCAUAGUGCAGGAAAUAGUUAAUUAUUGAAGUUAAGAUCUUUAAAUUUAUGGAGGCAAGUAUGUGAGAAAUGAUAUAUUAGAAUAAGGGAUGCACCGAUUUAUCCACCAAACAUCAGUGUCGGCCGAUAUAUAUCAUUGAGCAGGUCGUUGAACGGCGGGUUAAAAAGGCUUUUGCUACACCAGCUUUACAAAAGAAAAACUGUUUUAUGUGUUAAAAGGUUGUGGCAAAGGUUGUUUCAUAAAUUUGUGCUCAGUCACCUGUAGCGUAAAGGAGCGCUGAAUGACUUUUAAGCUGCUCACUUCAUCAUGAAUGUGUCUUUGUUUUCCUGGGUAACGACUAAAACAUCUGUGUCGGCUGUCUGCAAAACUGUUACUUGAAACAUUGGCAUCAGUAUCGGCCUAGAACAUCACAAUCAGUGCAUCCCUGAUUACAUCUGUUUAUGCAGAACAAAGUUAUGAAAUGAAUUGUUAUGGACUGCAACUUCUAACAAAAACAUCUAUGUACUUUUAUACAAACAGAAUUUAUUUGAAGAGGCAACUGUACAUCCUGCAGUGUUGUCAAACUAUCCUAGCUUGAUGAAUAUCCGUCAUCUCAUUAAUCCAGCUAAUAAGACGAUGAAUCGUGUUCAGCUUUGGUUUUUUGUACAUGGAGUGUGUAUCUUGUUUCCUAUUUAAAUCCACUCAGUCGACAAAUUAUGCAGUAGGAUCAGUUUGUACUUCUUUUUUUUUUUAAUUUAUAGAAAUGGCUUUGAAAUGUAUAUUUGUAUCAAUCAAAGCAAAUCUUUUCUCUCCGGUAAAAGAAUGUUUUCAGAGCACUUUAUCAGCUUUUUCAUACUGCAGUGCCACUCUCGCACCGCUGACCCUCAACCAGCUCAGAUUCAGUCUGUGUAACGAGCCCGGUGCGGCCUCACAAUAACUGACUCAGCAGCAUCGUGGCGUGGAAAAAAAAACGGGUUCUUAUUCCAAAGAUUCAUCCUCUCUGACACCAUUGGGCCUCCAGUUUUCUAUCCGAGAUGUGAUCAGGUUUCUGUUCCGACACAAAGGCAUGCCUCUUUUAAUAAAGACAACUUCUGACAAAUGGAA